ACUACAUGCCUUAUCACUUUCUCCGCCCUCCAGUGAGAUCACCCGGCCGACGGUGAGGCGAAAGCUAAGCUCACCGGCGGCCACCAGCCCACCACCGCUGGCUACACACAUGCGUGAAUAGUCAAUGUGAGGAUUCUGGAGCAUUCCCCCUCGCAGCUCAGUGUCUCCUCGCUCCUCGGUCUGCCGAAGGGCCGUCGCCGUCCACAGAUCGAUCUCUCCAGAUCCGGUCAACGCCGACGUCAAGCUGUUGCUGCUAACUUCGGAGGGGAAGAAGGGAGCGGGGAGGAACUGGUGGCUGCCGCGGGACCAUGGAUACCGUGCAAGGCAUCUUUUCGUUCGUGGUGAGCAUGGUCCAAGCGCCGGCGGAGGUGAAAAAAGCGCUGCAGCAACUCGAGACCAAGCUGCCCUCCGCUCGCUUGCUCGUCAGUCGCAGCGAGUGGGGCAUGUUCAAGGACAAGGAGCUGGACAAACUCUUCUUGCAACUCAAGUACGCCACCUACGAUGCCGAGGACCUUCUCCGCGAUUUCGAAGACCAGGCGCAGCGGCAGAAGAUUGAGGACGCCGGCCGGAGCAGGGCAGGUCAACUCUACUCAUCCUUUGUGAAUAAUGCAACACAUUUUCUCCAUGGCAGCAGUAAGAGGGUAAGGGAGACCCAAGAUAAGCUCGACGAGGCUAUGGCUGAGGUUGAGAAAGAGCUCAAUAGGAUGGGUCUCCAUGUUGUGCCGGAGAAGGUCAUGCCGAUAACAACUGAAAUAAUCACAGCUUCCGAAGUAUUUGGCCGUGACACGGAACGGAAUGAAGUGAUAGAGAUGCUGGGUGUGACUGAGACCAUUGACCACACGGACAAAAUUGAUCAGGUGAUCAAACAAAUGGGCAUGCCACUCACUAUGGGCAGUACGUCUGCAGGGUCGUCUAAACGAAAGAGCACAGCAACAGCAGGCCAUGGCACCCUUGCAUCUACACGCAAAUCAGCCAAGCAACUUAUUAAAGGGGACCGUAGCAGCGGCGCUGGACUCACUGAGACUACCAUCCUCACUGGCUACGUUUCUGUCUUGCCGAUUUUUGGCAUUGGCGGGAUCGGGAAGACCACCCUAGCUCAGCUAAUCUACAAUGAUGAAAGGGUGAGAGCCCACUUUACUGUGAGGAUAUGGGUCUGUGUUUCAGACCUCUUCGAUGAUGAAAGAAUGACAAAGGAGAUCUUCAAGACCAUCUCUGAGCCAAGCAUUGACUUACCGUGCGAUUUACGUGGUCUUCAAGCAGAACUGAAGGAGAAACUGAAGAGUCAAAAGUUCCUUUUGGUGCUGGAUGAUAUUUGGGAGAUUUCCCAACAGAAAUGGGAGCACUUUUAUGCACAGUUGCGUCAUGGACUUGAAGGUAGCAUGAUCUUGGUGACUACAAGAGACAGAAACAUUGCUCACCUUGUCGCCACCAGCAAUUGUAAACCUCUCCAACUCGAAGGAUUGCCUGCUGAUACAUUUUGGGAAUUCUUCAAGAAAUGUGUAUUUGAUAAAGAGCACCCAGAGUCAUAUCCUCACUUGCAAGACAUUGGCCGGAGCAUUUCCUCCAAGUUGUGUGGUAAUCCUUUGGCUGCCAAAACUCUUGGACAUUUGCUGAAUAGUAAUCUAACUGAGGAACCUUGGAUGGUAAUCAACAACAGUGAAUUAUGGGAGCAAGAACAAAAAGAGGGCGAGAUAUUACCAGCCCUUCGGCUGAGCUACUUGCAUCUCCCAUAUGAACUUAGGAGAUGCUUUGCAUUUUGCUCCAUGUUUCCGAAAGGUUAUAGCUUUGAACGACAUGAGAUCGUUGACAUUUGGGUGGCAGAAGGCUUUAUUGCACCACAGGGGAGGAUGCAUCUUGAAGACAUGGGGAUUAGGUACUUGGAUGAAUUGAGAGGAAGGUGUCUUUUCCAAACUGAUCCAAAGUUCCCUGAUCAGGAUAGAUAUGUAAUGCAUGACUUGAUCCAUGGUACUGCGCAGCAAGCUUCCAUGCACGAAUGCUUCUUGAUGAAAGAUUUGAGCAAAGUGGUACAUAAACUUCGCCAUAUGUCAGUCGAGGUGGAUGGUAAAUCCUUGAGCACAAUGGAAGGCUUUCAACAUUUGAAUAAAUUGCGUUCACUUAGGUUUGGCACAAAAUUGGACGUUAAGAUCACCUGGUUCAGUCAGCUCUCUAACAUCCUGUUUUUGAGCCUAAGAGGUUGCAAGCUGGAGGAUCUACCUGAAAGCAUAUGUGAGGUUACUAGCCUCCGUUAUUUGGAUAUAUCGCAUAGCCAUGUGAAAGAUCUGCCAGCAAAAUUCUGGCGCCUUUACAGCCUGCAAGUUGUUGAUGCAAGUCGUUCACGUCUGAGAACAAUUCAUCAGGAUGUAAUAAAGCUGACCAACUUGCGUCGACUAGCAUUGCCAAUGAAAGCCUCUCUGGCCCUAUCGAAGGUACGUGGACUGGGAAAUCUAUGUUGCCUUCGGAACUUGAGCUAUUUUACAGUUGUAAGAAAGAAUGGGGGAUUUCAAGAGCUGAAGGGCAUGAAUCAGCUCAGAGGAACACUAUGUAUCAGAUCAAUUCAUACUGUGAAGAGCAAGGAGGAGGCUGCUGAGGCUAGACUCGUUGACAAGAAAUACCUCAAGGAAUUGAAUCUACACUGGCGAAUUAAUCACGAUACUUGGACGCUGAGACCCGGUGAGAAUGAAGUGAUUGAGGGCUUGUGCCCUUAUGAGAGAAUUGAACACCUUAAGGUCCAUCACUUUUGGGGUGAUAGGCUACCAAGCUGGCUUAACCCAAAAAACCUGCAAAAUUUAAGAAGCCUGCAGCUUUCAGAUUGUCUUUACUUCGAAACUUUAUCAAUCCCCCACUUUGCAAGCGGUACACAAGGUGGUUCAACGGGUCGGCAUGCAAGCAGCAGCACCAAUUGCUGCCAUAGCAUUGCAUCCGGUGCCUUUACACACCUCACUGACAUAAGCAUUGUCGGAUGCCACGGGCUGAAAAAUCUUGAUCAGUUCUUGGUCCCGAGGAACCUGCCAUCCGUCGAGUCCAUAUUGCUCGAGAAAUGUGACAAUCUAGAGUCUAUACCUGCCGAUGGUUUUGUUGGAUUCCUUCACCUCCGAGAUCUGAAACUCUGUAGUUGUCGCAGUUUGGUGCACCCGCAUCGACAGAAAAUGGCUUUGCCCCCCGCACUCCGACGGCUCUGUAUUGGGUCCUGCGGUCAGCUCGACAGAUCAUUCAUUUCUUCCCUAGAGAAGGUCACCUCUCUCACGGUACUCUGCUUGAUUUCAUGUCACAACAUCGAGUCGAUCCCGUUGGACUUGAUCCCCUGCAGAAACACGCUCAGGUUCCUGCUUCUCGCUUGCUGCCACAAGUUGUCGUCCAUUGGUGGAUCGGGCAUCCCUUCAUCCAUAGAGUGCGUCAGUGUAUCCGGCUGCCCUAAGCUAACCCAAGUACAGCAGCCAUAUAAGAAGAAUAUUGGUGGGAUGUCCGAUGCCGGAUUUCUUCGAGGAACCGGCCCUGCUUGGUUGUGACGACUACACUACAAAUCAAAGGCCUUUUGCGGACAGAUAAAUGCAGACGCCGCCAGCUUGUUCUUAGACUGAAUUGUAGCAUUUGUAAAGGAUUGCACACAUCCGAUCCUCCAGUUCAUUUGCAGGUGAUCCUGAUUUAUCCGAUAUGAAUUUUAUAUGUGGUUGAGGCCCAGGAUAACUAUUUAUAGCAUUUUUAGUGUCUAUAAAACCUGAUUUUAUGCUUACUAGCCAAAGCCGUCAGACGCUUACAUUUGAUUUGAAUGGGCUCAUUUAUUAGUAA